GAAGAAGGUUUCAAUGGGUUUGUUGGAAAGCUUUUCGUCUGGCUUUUAGUCAAUUGUGGAUGAUUUUGUGACGGCAUCUUUAAACCUCUUGUUAGCUUCUUCAACUGGCUGGGGUUGAUUCUCAGGGACGUUUUUGUUUUGAACCUUGCCGAAGGUCCUACUAAUUUUGCCAAAUUCUUUACGUCCAGACUCUAAGGAUUGCUUCAAAAAAUCCUUGAUGGUUGUCGAAAUCAGAUUGACGUUUAUAAAACCAUACCCGAAGAAUUAUCUAGAAGGCAAACAAAGUUACGUAAUUUAUUGUAUACGUCAAAACGACAGUAAGCGAUGUGACAUUGCAAAGCGUAAAAUGGCACCAAACACGCUAAGGAAAAAGAUUAAAAAAUUUCGACCAACUAGAAUUCCUAGAUAUUUGCCUGGGCAGGUUACUAAAGAUGUACUUGAAGCCGACUUAAAAAUGUUCAAUGACUUCAGGAGGAAGAUAUUUUAUGUAGAAAGCAAAAUAGAUACUAAACCUCCUCCUAUGAAUCCUUAUCGAUUUAUAAAGGCAGACAGGCUGCUCGCUGAUGCAAAUAAACUUUUUGAAAUUGACAAAAGAAACAAACAGCUCCUUAGAAACAUUAAUUUGAUUAACAGACAUGGUGGUAGGGUUGAUUCCUUUAAUCCAAACGCUUACACAAGACAAUCAAAAUGGAGAGCCCAGGAAUUGAAAAUGCGAGAAAUAACAAAACACAAUAAAAAGAUUUAUGUUUCAAUUCUUUCAGCUGAGUCGGACUAUAGUGUUAAGAAGAUGAAUGAAUUUUGGAAGUACAUGAUUGAAAAGUUUCGCUACGUAUGUAAAAUGCCAGUAACAAUUUUUGAUAAGAUCAGUCACGAUCAGAUCCUUAGAAGUCAACCAUCUAUAAGUGGUGGAUUGGAAGCAACAGCUGACCGACCGCUAUGCUUCCUAGAAUUUGAAAUUAAAGAUUUGAUGUACCUUGGAAAGGUAGUGUUUGAGUUGUAUUACGACUUUGUCCCCGUUACAGUACAAAACUUUCUGAGUUUAUGCAAAGGCGAUAAUGGUUUAACUUACAAAGGUUCUCCAAUUCAUAACAUUGUAAAAUAUCAGUGUAUUGAAAUGGGUGAUAUAACAAAAGGUAACGGUAAAGGUGGAAUGUCUAUCUAUGGAUCCACAUAUCCGGAAGAAAAUUUUGUUCUGAAACAUACUAGAGGAGGUGUUCUGUCAAUGAUUCGAAUAGGAAAAAACGAAAACAACUCGCAGUUUUCUAUAACAUUAGACAAAGUGGAAAAGUUUGAUGGUAAGAGAGUGGUUUUUGGAAAAUCAAUAAAAGGAGCUGAAAAUCUAAUUAAACUACAAGAUUUAGGUAGAAGGGUUGGACGUCCAUCUUGCAAUGUCAUCAUUUCAAAUUGUGGAGAAUAUUUUAAAAUUCGCUGAUGGCUAUUUAUUAGUAAUCAAUGUUUUCGAAAUUAUACAAAAUAUCACAUUUUGACCAGAUAUAACAAAUAAAUUAUAACCGCUUA